UUACCACGCGACAAGGAAGUGCUGUUAUUGUCGCGCUUGUCCUUCACGUCGUCCAUCCACUUCAUGUCGUUAUAAAAGUGUACUAUACGUUGUUUUUGAAGCAAAGCCUUUUUUAAUGGAGUAACGAGGGGAAGAGAAGAAGUGGGUCGGAACCGCGGAGUCAUCUUUUUAUUUUUUAGCUUUUUUAUUCGGUGACCAGGAAUGGCAGCUCCAAACUCAGCGCAGAGGAAGGCCUGCUGGGACGCCAGGGAUCAACUCUGGCAAUGUUUGGACGACAACAAUGACAAGAUUCAAUCCUGUCAGAGGUUCCAGGGAGACUUCGAGGCUAAAUGUCCAGCUCAGUGGGUGAAAUAUUUCUCCAAGAGGAGAGACUUCCUGAAGUACAAAGAUAAGAUGCAGAGAGAAGGCUUCACACCUGCUGAAGGCCCACAAGUAAACUCCUAACUCCUACCAAACAGGAACUCUGGAGACGGACUUUUAAUCACAUGAGCUCCUGAGUGGAGUUUUCAUAGUGAAUAGGAAAACUCUUCACCUUUACCAUUAUUUAUGUGAUAGGAUUCAAACAAUAUUCAUCUUAAGAGUUGCACAACCUGGCAAGUUAUUGGACAUUGUUCCUUAGAAAUACAAAAAUAAUGUCUUUUUUUUUUUUUGCAAAUUGGUCUUAAUUAAGAUCAUUAAGAUCAAUGCAAUAUCCACCCAGAAGUGUCUGUGCAGUUCGCAUAACUGGAUCAACUGUUCCUGUCGCAGAGCAUUCAAGAUUCCGGAUUAUGACCACUCUGAAAAAACAUCAACGUUCGCCAAUGUUUUGGAAUAAAUCAAACCAACAGGGUGAUUUUGA